CUUGGCCUUUGAAACACAAUCUGCAGACUCAAAACUAUAUUGCCGAAGUUUGCUACAACCGGGGGGAUACAAUCUGGUUCCUGGGGUAUAGACUCCCCAGGUUAUACUGAAAAGAAUUAACCACUACCCCGACAACGUAAUCUCAGCAGCUUUAGGAGGUAACUGUGACAUUUCAUUUGAUCAUUUAUAAAUAAACAAAUCCAUUUCUCUGUUUUCCCUUCUUCCCCAUUCGUCCCCUGCACAUAUUUGUAUUCUUUUAUAAUAGUGUAAAGGGAGAACCAGUACCUGUAUUGUAAUCUAUGAACAUACAGAAAACCAGCUUCAAUUCAUGUUCAGGAAUCCUUUUCAAUCUUACCUUUUUCAGCUUCAAUUGAUGAAUUCUCCAUCUGGGUAGUGAAUAUCUAGUGUCUUGGUUGAACUCUGGCUGAGUGUUUCUCUCUGCUUUCGCUUCUAGUGCUGUUUCCUCUUACUGGAUAGAAGGAGUUUCUGCAUACAGUGGGGAAAUCUUGCUGGGUUCUCUCUCUUUCCUUUUAAUGUUUCGUGCUGUAAAUCUUCUCUGCUCGACUGUCGAAAAGAUUCAGGGUUCUUAAUAGCUGAUUUCUAUUAAGAUGAUGGUGGCACAGUUCUUUCGCCAUGUAAAGCGCCCAUAUGGGUUCUUUGCGAAGUUGAUCAUAGUCAGCUUGUUGGGUCUCUGUUUCGUAUUUGUUUGCUUUUCGUUUUUGUUUUCUUCGUCAUCUGUUGCCUCCCAAAGAAAUAGCUUCAGUGACAUUAAAGAAAAAUUUUCAGUGGAUCAGAAGGUAAGAGAUUCAAGUGCGCAACUUAAGAACAGAGAGCCAGGUAGAAAGGAAGCUCCUAAAGAUGAUCACUUGGUGGAAUCCAUUUUGGGAGGGAAAGAGGAGAGUCAGGGAGGUGGGCAUGAUUCCAGUGGUAGUAAUCACAGUGCAGAGAACCAGAAAGCUGAGGUAACUGGUCAGAGAGUUGAUCUGGUAAUGCCGAAUGCUACUCACGGAUCAGAAGGAUCGAGGAAUGAGGAAUUACUGAAGGCAGAGGAGCAAGGCCAAAUAAAACCAGAAGAUGAAGUGGUGGAUGCCAUGGGAGAUAAUGAUGAGGAUAGUGAUUUGAAUGACUCAACGGACCAGGAAACUGAAGAAAAGAUGGAAAAUGAGUUGGGGGAACCAAACAGUGCUGGUAUGAAGAAAAAGAAGGUGGGUUCAAUAUUGGAUUCUGGAGCUCAAUUCACCUGGAAACUCUGCAAUGUAAGGAGCAAAUACAAUUACAUUCCAUGUAUUGACAUAGAACACAUCACGGGGAGGCUGCAGAGCUAUCGACAUCGGGAAAGAAGUUGUCCUAGAACAGCUCCUACUUGUCUUGUUCCUCUUCCUCCAGGUGGAUAUCGACCUCCAGUGAAAUGGCCUGAGAGCAAAUCUAAGAUAUUGUAUGGCAAUGUGGCACACCCAACAUUCACUGCAUUCAUCAAGACACGGAGUUGGAUAAAUGAAUCUGAAAGAUAUCUGACUUUCCCUCAGAACCAGUCAGAGUUUAAGGGUGGGGUCCUUAACUAUAUCGACUCUAUUGAUGAGAUGGUACCUGACAUCGAAUGGGGAAAGAACAUCCGCAUGGUACUGGACAUUGGGUGCACUGAUUCAAGCUUUGCAGCUGCUCUUCUUGAGAAGGAGGUAUUGACUUUGUCAUUGGGGUUGAAGGAUGACCUAGUGAAUCUAGCACAGGUUGCUCUAGAGCGUGGUUUUCCUGCAGUUGUGAGCCCUUUCGGAACAAGAAGGCUUCCUUUUCCUAGUGGGGUUUUUGAUGCCAUUCACUGUGGUGGAUGUAGCAUACCUUGGCAUUCUAAUGAGGGAAAACUUCUUCUAGAGAUGAACAGGAUUUUACGACCUGGUGGUUACUUUAUAUUGUCUACCAGAUAUGACAACCGUAAAGAGGAUGAAGCUAUGUCUUCAUGGACGGCAUCAAUUUGCUGGAAUAUCCUGGUGCAUAAAGUGGAUGAAAUCAGUGAACUGGGUGUUAAGAUAUAUCAGAAACCAGAAUCGAAUGUUAUAUACGAGUUAAGAAGGAAGAAAAGCCCUCCUAUAUGCAAAGAGAAUGAAAACGCAGAUGCAGCCUGGUAUGCUCCAUUGAAGACUUGCUUACAUACCAUUCCAGCUGCCAUUGAACAACGCGGAACUGAGUGGCCUGAUGAAUGGCCCAAGAGGCUUGAAGCUUUUCCUGAUUGGUUGAGUAACAAAGAGAAAGUGAUUGCAGAGACUAAUUUCUGGAAGGCUAUUGUGAACAGGUCCUAUCUCAAUGGCAUGGGUAUUGACUGGUCAAGUAUCCGGAAUGUAAUGGACAUGAAAUCAAUUUAUGGGGGGUUUGCAGCUGCUCUGUCAUCCCAGAAAGUUUGGGUGAUGAAUGUUGUCCCAAUCAACGCACCAGAUACUUUAGCCAUCAUUUAUGAGCGUGGACUUUUGGGAAUCUACCAUGACUGGUGUGAGUCUUUUGGCACUUAUCCAAGAUCCUAUGACCUUCUGCACGCCGAUCAUCUCUUCUCACUGCUUAUAAACAGAUGUAAGCAUCCUGUGGGGAUUGCUGUUGAGAUGGACCGAAUACUACGUCCCAAUGGUUGGGCCAUCAUACGUGACAAGGUGGAGAUACUUGAUACUAUAGUGGUAAUCGUAAGAAGUUUGCAUUGGAAGAUCCAAAUGACUUAUUCGCAGGAUAAGGAGGGUAUCAUCUGCGCAAAGAAAACCAUAUGGCGGCCAUGAAGUCUUAUGUGGGAAUCUCUUGUUGGAUGACCAAAAUUCCACGUCAUAAAAGGGAAAAACCCCUGAGCUUGUGUUGUACCCACACCUUUUCUAUCUCAUAAAAUCAAGGUAAGCAUUUUCCCUUGCUUAUCCCAAAUCAGGAACACAAAUUCUUUGCCAUCCUUGUCAGAAAUGUAUUGUCACCCCUUUUUCUUAAAUCUUUAUGUAAAUAUGUAAAAGCAGGGCAUCCUCUUUUUUUUUUUUUUUUUGGGUAUCGGACUAUGAGAAUUAGAUUGGUCAUGAUCAGCUUCUCAAAUUCCUGCUCCUUGUGUAAAACCUGAUUGUCACACAUAGGACAGUUUUGUGAUUGAAAUCUUCUUUGUAGCUCGAGGUUCCAUUGUUCAGGGAAUAGAGAUUCAACAGCCAUCUUUGGUGCAAUUGUUUAUGCAGUUC